UGGACUUUCCGUCAUCUAUAAUUCCUAUGGUCUCUGUUUAACCCAACUCUCUUCUUCCUCUUCUUCUCUUAUCCUCUCGCCCAGUCAGUCACUCAAAAGUUCUCUCCUUCAAAGAAAAUGUCCUCUGCAACUGCACCCGUCUUCAAGCCCUUGUCCAUCACCGACUCAUGUCCACCUUCCCUCUUCACCUCCUCUUCAUCUGAGUCCCCUCACCCGUAUCUCCCAAUCCCUCACAGACCCAUCAAAAUCCACCUCUCUUGCUCUUCUUCCUCUUCUUAUCUUGCUCACUCUACGCUCGCCCCUCAUCCUCUGAGGAAGACCCAUCAUCCCAGUUUCGUCGCUUUCGUUGCCCAGACCUCGGAUUGGGCCCAGCAAGACGAGGACAACACGGUCACCACCACCCUUGAUCAAGAACAAGAACAAGAACAGGGCGGUGACUCCGAGUGGGAGAAUCAAGAAACCCAAGCUCAGGUCUCGGAUUGGGAAGGCGGGGGCGAGAGCAAUGAGGAUGGGGCUCUUGAGGAGGGAGAAGGAGAUGGAGGAGGAGAAGAAGAAGGAGAAGAAGGAGGAACUUUUGUGGAACCGCCUGAGGAGGCGAAACUCUUUGUUGGGAAUUUGCCUUACGACGUUGACAGUCAGAAAUUGGCCAUGCUCUUUGAGCAGGCUGGAACUGUGGAGAUAGCAGAGGUUAUCUAUAACAGACAGACCGAUCAAAGUCGUGGAUUCGGUUUCGUGACCAUGAGCACUGUCGAGGAGGCCGAAAAGGCUGUUGAUUUAUUCCACCAAUAUGACAUAAGCGGAAGAUUCUUGACUGUGAACAAGGCUGCUCCAAGAGGAUCGCGGCCAGAGAGACCCCCUCGCACAUUUGAGGCUUCUUUCAGAAUCUAUGUUGGCAACCUGCCUUGGGAUGUGGAUAAUGGUCGCUUGGAGCAGCUUUUCAGUGAGCAUGGGAAAGUGGUCAAUGCCCGGGUGGUUUAUGACAGGGAAACUGGCCGUUCACGAGGUUUCGGUUUUGUGACAAUGGCAUCAGAGACUGAAAUGAAUGAUGCCAUCGCUGCGCUUGAUGGGCAGAGCUUGGACGGAAGGGCAAUCAGGGUGAACGUGGCUGAGGAAAGAUCAAGACGUAGCGCCUUUUAAGUUAAAUUUUGAUAAUCCGGAUUUGAUUACUUUAGGUUGAUUCAUCAUGUCAUUCAUAAGUUCCCGCUUGUUUCCUGUGAGCCCAGUGUAAGCUUUUCCUAAAUGAUGCACAAGUUCUUUUCCUACCA